AUGAAAUUUAGACAAGCAAAAAUAAAGGGAUUUAUUGGGCAUAUUACUUGUAUUCACUAUCUUGGCUACAAUUAUCUUAUUGCAGAAGUUAAUGAAAAUAGGAGAUACAUUCUAAGAGCCAAUAAUUUAAAGAUAGUAUGGAGACUACCUCGAAGAAUAGGCUUGUUUUGGUACCCUAGAAUGAUAGACAAGAACACCCUUGUAAUUUACCAGCAAGACUUCUAAAUAUACAUAAUAAAUAUAAAAAAGAAGAUUAUUAAGGCGAAAGUUAGUUUGUUUCAAAACUUAAAUGAUAUGGAAAAAUUUAAAUUCUUGGAUUUUCACAAGAUAUUCUUGAAUAAAGAGAUUCAAAUAUUAAAGUGUAAAAAGACUCAUUCUAUAAUGAUUUGUUUUGAAAAUAACUUCAUAUUCAAGGCUAAUAAAGAACAUGAUAUUGUUUUCAAAUAUUUCCAUCAAAUAAAGAAAAGUGACAUUGAAGUACUAAAUUUGAGUGAUGACUUAAAAUAACUCCUUGGAUAGCACACAGAUUUAGUCUCAAAACUCAAUAAAUAUUAAACAAAAGAAGUUCAAUUAGCUCUGGAAGAAUCUGAAAUUGCUGAUUCUUAAAACACUGACGAAAAAGUUGAUUUAACUGAACUUUCAAGAUUAAUUGAUAGCUAAGUUAUAUCAUUUGAUACAUGUUCUGAUGAACUAAACAUCAUUUACCAGGAAUCAUCAAAGUAUCAAAUAUGCAACAAGUACCUAUAAGAAUUUGGAUUUGCAAGAACGAAUUUUGCAUAUGACUCAAUAAAUUAUCCCCAUCUACCGCAAUUCAUGAUUGCUUCCAAGAUAAAAAAUCUAAUCAUUGUUGAUAUUGAUUAAAGUAAAGCAUUUCAUAUCGAUGAAUUAGGAGCAAGUUAGGUGAAGAAAUUUGGAUCAGUUAUUACGACUAAAAUUAGGAAUAAAUAUCUUGAGGUAUUUAUUGUAUUCUUUGAUGGAAUCUCCAAUCAUUACUCGCUAAUAAACACAAUUAGGAAGUACAGGAUUAACUAUAGCAAAAUGUAAGAUUAUAAAUGGGAAUAUAUUCCUGAAGAACUAGAUUAUUUAAAAUAUGAAGAUUACGAUGAAGAAAUUGAAUGA